UUCAGGGCGUUGGCAAUAAUUAGGCCGACAUGCCUGAAGUUGUGUGCUGGGUUCCACAGUAAAAAUGUGUCUGAGCCCUCCCGCCUUCCCUAAAAUUUGCAUUCAGAGCAGCAGAGCUCCUCCCUCAUGUUUCAGGUUAUCCUUCACAAGCAAGUCACUCCUCCAACCGGACUUUCCUACCGAGUCUUCCCAGCUGAGGAGGAAAUCAGUCGGUGGCGAAUCACCAGUUUGCAGACAGAGAACUCCACGGAGGAGCUCUUUAGAAUCCUGCGUGUUUUUUUUUUUUCCUAACUUCGUGGACUCUCCCAAACUUUUUUUGCUGCAGCUUCGGUUGUUUUCCUGUCCGUCUGAGCUGCCCUGCUCCAACGUUUUGAGUCAACAUGUCUCACCAGUCGACCCAGAAGUUUCAAACGUACAAAACGAUGACAUCCGAGCCGGUUGUCCAGUCGACCCAGAAGUUUCACACUUACAAAACGCUGACUUCCGAGCCGGUUGUCCACAAGACGCAGAAGAUUCAAACGUACAAAACGAUGACAUCUGAGCCGGUGACCACGCAGGUGUUCUCGACCAGGUCGGUUUCACCGGCGUCUCCGCUCCCACAGGUCUCCCCGGUGUCUCCGGUUUCACCGAUACAGUUGUCUUCGGUCUCUAAUGUGACUACGCUGCCGGUGACCGCGAUGAACGGCUCCUACGGGACAAUGAGGUACCUGGUUCCGGUGCAGCAGGCCAUGCCCCAGCAGAACUACAUGUUCAUGCAGCAGCCCAUGAUGCAGCAGGCCGUGGUGCAGCCCAUGAUGCAGCCGAUGGUGCAGCCGAUGGUGCAGCCGAUGUACCUGCAGACUCUGCCCCGUGUGAACAACAGCAGCAGCCAUGGGACUGAAAUUAUCUACCAGCAACAGCAACAACAGCAACAGAAUUUUAUUACUGAGACUGACGCUCAAAGCAGCCAUUCAGUGUUCAGCCAGCCGUCCAGUCCCAACAAGAGCGAGGCAAGCCUGCUGGAGGUGGAGCAAGAGGACGACGUGAAAGUCGAAUUGGAAGCGAGCGAGGACGGGGAGGAAGAUGAGUACCAGCCUGGUUCUGCAGUGGUUGAAGAAGUGGAGAUUGUCAACAUCAUUCAGCAGAAAGCUCCAUCGGUGAAGCAGAAAUUCUCCAUGUCAGAGCAGAGGGAGACGCUGGAGCCAACGAAACUGGACACGCGUUACUUUGGCGAACUGCUGGCAGAUGUCUACAGGAAGAACUGCGAUAUCCACUCCUACAUCUUCGAUAACGUGUCCAAGAUCCGCGGACAGAAACACACUCUGAAUUUCUCCAGCGACCUAAAGGGUGAGACACAGGAGGUGGAGUCUCUGAUUCCCAAAGGAGCCAACGAACUGACCAAGCAGCAGAUGCGCUACCUGCUGGAGACUCGUUUCACUGCAGAGAAGAGCAUGCGUCUGCUGCUCUCCACCUUCAGCAGCCUGAGAGAGGAGCUGAUGCAGAUGUCUGAGGACAUGCGGCGUCUGGAAAGUGAGAAGGAGUCUUUGGAAAGAGAUCUGGCUUUCAAAGCAGACCAGGCUCUGCAGUAUGAGUCCCUCAUAGAGAACGUCAGAGAGAGCAACAACAAGCUGCAGCUGUCCCUGAAGGAAGCCCAAGCGUCCCAGCGUUCCCUGGAGAGUCAGCUCUCCGCUUGCCGAAGCAGCGACUCGGUCGGCAGCUUCAAGAUCAGAGAGCUGGAGGGAAGAAUGAGAGGACUGGAGAAGGAGAAUGAGAUGCUCAAACAGAAGCUGGUCGGACAAUCCAGCAACGGCAACCUGCACCUCAAAACGGAGGCGCUGACUCAGCACUACAGGCAGGAGCUGGAGACCCUGAAGACAGAAAGAGACAGAGAGAUAGAGAAACUGAGGUCUCAGAUAUCGAAGUUGCAGAUGCAGAUAACCACAACCAACACCACUACCACCAAGUCCUCAUCCGCAGAGAGCUCUCUCCAGCUGAAGAUUUCAGAGCUGCUGUCCAAGUUGGAGCAGCGGGAGAUCACCAUCAAGCAAAAGGAGGAGGAGAUCAGAAGACUGUUGAUGGAGAGGAACGACAGCUCCAAGAACGUCACCAAGACAAUUAUCACCAAGAGGUACAGGAACCAGUACCCGAUCCUUGGUCUGCUUAGCGACGACUACCAGGCCACUUCACCUGUUAAAGAGGCCAAAACCAUCGUCAUCGAGAGAACCGGAGAGAUGAUCAAACAGGAAAUCAUUACUACUCCUUAAAGACACACUGCUUCUCUCCGACAGGAAUGAUUGAACGUGGAGAAGACCCUGACGUCGCCCCCUCUCCCCCAUGUGCAUGCUCCUCCCCCUCCCCCCAGGCCUCCCAGGAUUGGUGGUGGUUGAAACCCCUCCCUUUCUUCCCCCUGCACAGAAAUCUGGUUCUUUGAUUCAGUCAAAUCAAGUUUGGUUGGGAUUAAAAUCUAGUUGGGCUUUCUUUGGCUUCUAAUAUGUUUUAUUUUCAACUUUUACCCAUGUAAAAGUUGCAUAAUGCCACUGCAAAUAUUCAUUGACCCAUAUUUGGUAAAAAACAAAAAACAAACAAAAAAAAAAAACAUGAUGGCUGGGAACUGGGUGACACUUGGUUUGGAAUCUCCAAUCAGAAAGAAAUAAAAAGUAAGACAAAUUUAACUCUGCAAGCAGUUUUUAUGUCAGGACUUAUUUUUUUUAAAUUUUAGUACCAGAUAAAUAAGAGUUGCAACAAUCAAUGCGUAAUGAGAAUUAUUCCAUUUUUGGGUUGUUUGGUCAGUUGCCUCAUGAAGAAUAAUAAUAACGAAAAUCUGAUUUUAUAAUUUUAGCUCGCAUAAUGUCUUUGAUGUGGUGGUUUUACUGAAUGAAGAAGAAAGUGUUAAAUUUAGAAAGUGUUUAAAGAAAGUGAGAGAAGGUGAAUGAAAGAAUUUUGCAUUCAUAAAUACAUUUGUUGGUUGAUGCUUAGUAGGUUGCAGGGUUUAUUUUUGCAAUUUCUAAGCCACCAUAUUUAAGUCCAACUCUAAUUUUUUUUUGACAAGAAUAAUUUGCAGAAAGGAACUGGUUCAGUACUAGACGGUGCCUUUAGGGUGUACAGAGAGGAGCCUUCUCACACCCAGAAAUAAUCAUCUGAAAGGAAUAAACGUUACUUCAAUCAUUUAAUAAAGAAGUAUUUAAUUUAAUUUUCAUAAAAAAAAAAAAUAAAUAAAAAAAAAAAACGGUUAGACUCCUAUUGCACAUUUUGAAGGCGGUGAACAAAAAUAUCCACAGCUCUGAAUCUUCUGGUUUUAAGUUUAGGAACUGAAGACACUAAUGUUACUUUGGAUCUAGAGAUUCUGUUGCUGUGUAAUUGAAAUUCUUACAGUCUGUAUGCUGCAUAAAUUUAAACAACACUCCAGGAGGGUGUCUUGGGGUAAAGAUAACAAUAAAACUAUGUGGACUGAUUGACAAAUUCAUCCAUCUGGUGAAAAGGAGAAGGAUUUUCUUUAAGUGAAUGUCAGUGCUGAGAAAAAAAAAACAACAAAAAAAAACAUUAUUACUGUUUCUGUAGCAGAAUCAACUGUUGAGUUCAGGCAC